AUGGCGAAUGUAGCUGCAACAGUGGCCGCCGUCGCGGGCAGGGAUCCCGCUGUGGACCGGUCCUUGCGCUCAGUCUUUGUGGGUAACAUUCCAUACGAAGCAACAGAAGAACAACUAAAGGAUAUCUUCUCAGAGGUCGGGCUUGUUGUCAGCUUCAGGUUAGUGUAUGAUAGAGAAACUGGUAAACCAAAGGGAUAUGGCUUCUGUGAGUACCAGGACCAGGAGACUGCCCUCAGUGCAAUGCGGAACCUGAACGGGAGAGAAUUCAGCGGCCGUGCCCUCCGUGUGGACAACGCUGCCAGCGAAAAAAACAAAGAAGAGCUGAAGAGUUUGGGUACUGGUGCUCCCAUUAUUGAGUCUCCUUAUGGAGACGGCUGUACACCAGAGGAAGCCCCAGAGUCUAUCAGCAGAGCAGUGGCUAGCUUGCCUCCCGAGCAGAUGUUUGAACUCAUGAAACAGAUGAAGCUGUGUGUGCAGAACAGCCCACAGGAGGCGCGGAAUAUGUUGUUGCAAAACCCUCAGCUUGCAUAUGCUCUGCUGCAAGCUCAGGUCGUCAUGAGAAUCGUCGAUCCUGAAAUUGCCUUGAAAAUGCUCCACCGCCAGACGACUGUCCAGCCGUUAAUCCCCAGUAGUCAGGCUGGAGCGGUGCCUGUUGCCAGCCAGCCUCUCCCCCAGCCUAACGCUCCAGUCUCCCAGCCACAGCCUCUGCCAGGGAUGCAUGUGAACGGAGCUCCACAGAUGAUGCAGCCGCCUCAGAUGGUGGGAGGAGUUCCAGGACCCAUACCUGGACAAGGACCUGUAGGCCCAGCAGGUGGGAUGCCUCCUCAGAUAGGGAUGCCCCCAGCAGGUCCUGUGCCUAUGGACAGGGCACCAGGAAACCUUCAGGACUCUCCUGUUGGAUCAGCAGGGCAGGCUGCUAUCGAGCGGCCUCAAGUGUCCAUGGAAGAUCCACGGGCUCCAAUACGGGGUGUAGCUCCUCCUACAGUGCCCCAGGGAAUUCCACCCAGAGGCCUACUCGGAGACGGACCUAAUGACCCACGUGGAGGCACGCUGCGCUCUGUCACUGCAGAGGUGGUGGAUCCAGGCAGGGGCUACAUCGCAGCUGCUCCUCCUCACCAGGCUCCGCCCAUGCACAUGGCUCCUCCAGAUAUGCGAGGGCCUCACGACAUGAGGGGUGCACCUAUGGUUGAGCCCCGAGGCAUGAUGGGGGAGCCCAGAGGACCUAUGAUGGAGCAGAGAGGGCCACCCAUGGAGGCAAGAGGUCGCGACCCCCGGGCAGUGGAUGCUCGUGGCCCUGUAUCAGGCCAGAGGGUUCCCGUGGCAGCCGGCAUGCAGGGUCCACCUCCACACGCAAUGGGAGCGAGUGCCCCCCCAUCCACCAGACCGGCUCCGGAUGUAUCAUCACAAGACCAAGAGAAAGCGGCUCUGAUCAUGCAGGUUCUGCAGCUGACCCCAGAACAGAUUGCCAUGCUCCCGCCAGAACAGAGACAGAGCAUUCUUAUCCUCAAAGAGCAGAUUCAGAAAACGGCUGGCGCUCCCUGAGUCCUCAACACUCAUUACGAAUGUGGUGUGGUUCUUCCCUGUUCCAGGCUACAUUGUAAACAGGUCAGGAAGCCUGUUCAUCACACCUGUCAUUUUACAGUUUGGAUUUUUUUUUUUUUCGCUAUAUGUCUUUUUUUUAUGGAGAGUUGAGUGAGUGUUGGCUGAAGACUGUGAAAAGUGUCUUUCUUUAUGAAGACUUAAAAAAUAGCUAAAGUUUGUUCAUUUCAUCAUUUCAUCUUUAUGAAAACUGAAAUGUUUCCUCCAGUUGUUUUCAUGUUUCUU